UUCCAUCUCUGCCUUCUUUUCUUCUGAUUCUCUUCAACUCACCUGAACCUCUCCGACUCAAUCCCUCUCUGCCUCCGCUUCAAUCUUCCUCAAUUGUUCACUCAGAAAUUGGCAGCGGCUACGCGUCGCCAAACUUUUCCUUGCAGAUUCGGCUAAAGGACUGCCCAAAUGGGGGGAGGAAUGGAAGCGAACAAGAACAAGUUCAUAGAGGAGUGGGGUUCUGCAAGAGAGAAUCUUGAGCACAACUUCCGUUGGACACGCCGCAACUUUGCCCUUAUUGGAUUGUUCGGCAUAGCCAUCCCAAUCUUCGUCUACAAGGGUAUUGUCAAAGAAUUUCAUAUGCAAGAUGAAGAUAACGGUAGACCAUACAGGAAAUUUAUGUGAGUAGUGAGAGAAAUGCUCUCGAACAAUGUUCAAUGAAGAACUAAGUUUCAUUUCCUGACAUGAAUGAAUUGUUUGCACUUUUAUUUGUAUUGUGGCGAAGUGAUGUUAGCAGCCAGUUUACUUUGUUUUAGAGUUGUAUUUUUCCAUUUUCAUUAAACUUUACCUUUUUCUGUUGUGAGCAUUGAGAGAAAUGCUUAAUAGAGCCAAUUUCUUGAUAUAAUAAAACUGUUUGCACAAUAAAAGCGGUGUCAAUGUAAACAGGCACUUUGGAA